CCUCAUCUUUUCUUCAAAACCCUUUUUUUUAUUUCUUUUAAUUCCUCGAAUUGAUCACUAUCUGUUUUCUUCUUUUUUUCCUUGUUAAACCUCUCUUUCCUCUCGCAAGAAACUGAUCAACUCAAUAGGCUUUUCCAUCUCCCGCCGGAAUAUUCGUUCUCUGAUCAUCGUCCGCUUACCUGACCUCUUCUCUCCGGCGAUCACUCUUUCGGUUCCUUUCUAUCUGAUAUUUCAACGAAUUCUCGAAUUUCUCAAGAUUGAUUUUUCUUUGACUGAAUCGUUUUGGAAGUUUUUUUAGAUCGGCAAAAAAAAGAUUUAUUGCCGGGGAAAGUAUCUUCUUUUUGACCAGCUGGCGUUACUCCGAUUAUAUGGGGGAUUAAUAUAAUAGUUAGGCUGUUAAAUGUAGCUUAGUUUCCUUUAUGGAAAAUCCCAUCAAUGUGGUCUAGUUUGGAAAGUUUGGAUGGAUAGAUGUGAAUCAGAGCGACGAUUGCAGAAGCUUGCUGCUGUUGAUGCGAGGUCACCCCUUGUUCCUGCUGAAAAAAACAAUGCAUCACUCACAACUCGACAACCUCAAAUUAGGGAAGUUAGUUCGAGGUAUAAAUCACCCAGUCCUGCAACACCUUUUGGUUCGAGGCGUUGCCCAUCUCCAAUUACCAGAACAACCUCUACUCCUUCCCAGUUGGUGCAAAAUAGAGCUGUUUCGGCUGAGCGGAAACGUCCCUCAACACCAUCUUCACCUCGAAGUCCAUCAACACCGGUUCAAGAUUCAUCAGUUUGUGAGAAGAUAUCAUCUAGAAGGCUAUCAACUGGCCGCACACCUGAAAGUUUAUGGCCAUCUACCAUGAGAAGCCUUAGUGUUUCAUUUCAGUCUGAUACAAUUUCAAUUCCUGUUAGCAAGAAGCAAAAAGAAAAACCGGCUAGUAAUGUUUCAUUGGAUCGUACUUUGAGACCUUCUUCAAAUGUGGCUCACAGACAACAGUCCGAAAAAUCUGUUGUAUCGCGUAAGCCUACUCCAGAGAGAAAGAAAAGUCCUCUUAAAGGGAAGAAUGCGCCUGAUCAAUCUGAAAAUGAUAAACCAGUUGAAGGUUUUCCUGGCCGAAUAAUAGAUCAACAUUGGUGGCCUAGUAGAAGUCAUGGGAAACUGUCUUCCAAUUCAUUGAAUAGAAGUGUAGAUCUGGGUGAUAUUAAAAUUGUUAAAAGUUUAUCUACACCAGUUCCUGGAAUCGGGUUAUCUUCACUGAAGAGAAUGUCAAUUUCCGAUAGUUUGAGUAUACCACCAAAGAAAUCUGCUAAUGCCGCUUCCAAUUUGUUAUCACUCGAUAGAAUCAGUCAGGUAGGGCCUGAGGCAAUUCCAAUUGAUGGUAAGUAUCUGCGGGUAUCUGGACCUGCAACGCUCCUUUCUGCAAGUUCAUUGGACAAAAUGACACUGACAACUUACGCACGCAAAUCUCUGUCUUUGUCUGCUCCUGGAUCACGACCUCAGACACCAAAUAACACUUCCGUUUCUAGGGGUGCCAGUCCUCGGGCAAGACCUUCCACUCCACCUCCAAGAGAAGUCAGUGCAACUCCAAGGGGAGUCAGUCCAUCUCGUUCAAGGACAUCCACCUUAUCUAGUCAAUCCCACAGCUCAACUUCAGUUCUUAGUUUUAUUGCAAACUUUAAGAAGGGAAGAAAAGGUGCAAGCUACAUAGAAGACGCUCAUCAACUUCGGCUUCUUUACAAUCGUAAUUUGCAUUGGCGAUUUGCUAAUGCCAGGGCAGAAGCUGUACUGUAUAUUCAGAAAAUUACUGUGGAGGAAACUUUGUACAAUGUCUGGAAUGCUACUUUGGGUCUGCGGGAUGCCAUGAUCAAGAAAAAGAUCAAUCUCCAACAAUUGAAGUUAGAGCUCAAGUUGAACUCUGUUUUGCAUGAUCAAAUGGGAUAUCUUAACAAUUUGACAUUACUUGAAAGAGAUCAUGUAAUUUCUUUAGCUGGAGCAGUAGAAGAUCUGGAGGCAAGCACUCUGCGUCUUCCUGUAACUGGAGGGGCAAGGGCAGAUAUUGAAUCAUUGAAAGAUGCUAUUUCUUCUGCUGUUGACGUGAUGCAGGCUAUGGGAUCAUCCAUUAUUUAUUUACUCUCAAAGGUGGAAGGAAUAAACAAUUUGGUUUCUGAGCUUGCUGCAAUCGCUACACUAGAGAAAAACAUGCUUGACCAAUGUGAAGCUCUAAUGGCUUCAACAGCGGCUAUGCAGUUAGAAGAGUAUAGUGUUGGGUCUCAACUCAUACAAACAAAACAAGCUUUGGAGAGGAAUAAGCAGCCGAUGAUGGCAACCAAAACAUUAUUUCUAUGGCCAUGAACCAGCUGGUAAGCUAAUAGUAAUCUGCCAAUAUAUCAUCCUUCAAAAUGAGGUAAAUUUAUUAACAAAUCUGCUCUACCAGCCCCAGUAAAUGUAAAGUUUCCCCUUUUUUUGCUUUUUGUUUUCCCUUUAACUUGAAUGGUAUUUUUUCUUCUUUCA